GAGAAAGGCUUGGGGACCGGAGAGCUAGCCGGGAGCGAGCCGGGCUGUCAGGGACCCCUGCCGCGUCCGAGCACGCCGCGUCUCUGCCCAGCCCGCAGGCGCCCGAGGCUUCUGCCCAGAGCCGGCCGGACCCCAAGCGCCCCAAGGCCUUCGGAUCGCGGGGCAGUCCCGGGAGGCGGCCGCCCUCGGGGCGGGACAGCUCCUGGCAGUGCCACCGCCGCCAGGCGGUCUCCAAGCCGCGAUCUCCAAGCGCUGCUCGGCCUUAGGCCAGGAAGGGAGGGUCCGGCCUUGCCGGGUAGACGUCCAUUGGCGGCUUCCCCCGGCCUCCGCGCCAUGCCGCCGGCUGUGUGAGUCGCUGCAGGCUCCGGAGCCCGCAGGUGCCCGCGGGCGCGCCAGAGCCGUUGGGUAGGGGGCGCCACACUCGCCAUGCUACGCGGACCCCGCGCCCUGGCUCCGGCCGCUGCGCAGCCCCCAAAGGGGGUGACUUCUUUGAGCCCCACCGAGCUGUGGCCACCCGGCCUCAGUAGCCCCCAGCUCUGCCGGGCCACCACCUACUACACCUCGCUGUACCCGCAGACGGUGCCUCCUGCCGCGGCAUCUAGCACCUGCCUCGACGCCACUCCCCACGGACCGGAGGGUCAAGUUGUGCGAUGCUCGCCGGCAGGCCGGCUGCCGGCCAAAAGGAAGCUGGACCUGGAGGGCAUCGGGAAGCCAGUGGUCCCGGAAUUCCGGACUCCCAAGGGGAAGUGCAUUCGAGUGGAUGGCCUCCCCAGCCCCAAGACCCCCAAAUCCCCCGGGGAGAAGACUCGGUAUGACACAUCGCUGGGGCUUCUCACGAAGAAGUUCAUUUACCUCCUGAGCGAGUCGGAGGAUGGGGUCCUGGACCUGAACUGGGCUGCCGAGGUGCUGGAUGUGCAGAAGCGGCGCAUCUACGACAUCACCAACGUGCUGGAGGGCAUCCAGCUCAUCCGCAAGAAGGCCAAGAACAACAUCCAGUGGGUAGGCAGGGGACUGUUCGAAGACCCCACUCGGCCUGCAAAGCAGCAGCAGCUUGGGCAGGAGCUGAAGGAGCUGAUGAGCAAGGAGCAGGCUUUGGACCAGCUCAUCCAGAGCUGCUCCCUGAGCUUCAAGCACCUGACUGAGGAUAAAGCCAACAAGAGACUGGCCUAUGUGACCUACCAGGACAUCCGAGCUGUUGGCAGUUUUAAGGAGCAGACGGUGAUCGCCGUCAAGGCCCCUCCACAGACGCGACUGGAAGUGCCUGACCGGGCGGAGGAGAACCUGCAGAUCUAUCUGAAGAGCACCCAGGGGCCCAUUGAAGUCUACCUGUGCCCGGAGGAGGUGCAGGAGCUGGACAGUCCUGCCAAGGAGCCCCUCCCCUGCCCCUCCACCCUCAGCCCCAGCCCUGACUGCGCCCAGCCCAGCAGCAGCACCGGCCCUGCAGUUCCGGAGCCUGAGGCACCCUCAGAACCGGUGCUGACUCUGCCACAGGGGCCACCGCCACCAUCCCUCGUCCCCUUGGAGGCCACCGACAGCAUGCUGGAGCUGCCGCACCCACUUCUGCAGCAGACCGAGGACCAGCUCCUGUCCCCGACCCUGGCGUGCAGCCCCCUGAUCAGCUUCUCUCCGCCCUUGGACCAGGAGGACUACCUGUGGGGCUUGGAUGGGGGUGAGGGCAUCAGCGAUCUCUUCGACUCCUACGACCUUGGGGACCUGCUGAUUAAUUGAGGGGCCCCAGCAGACCACCCCUCUCUACCUCCUCACAGACAGACUGACAGGUCUGCCACCCUCAGGGUGUGAGUCUCCUCCCUUCUCACCUCCCUGCCAGCAGGAGCUGGUGAGGAGGAUGGGGUUGGGCCUGUCCCUCCUCUCCUGACCUCUGACCUCUCACGUGAAGGACCACAGGUCUAAAUUACUAGGUUCAGGGAAAGGCCCUGCCUCCUUUUGAGGGGUUAUGAGGACCCUUGAUAUUUCAAGAAGCACUUAAUGCCCUUGUAUUUAUUUCAGGUUAAGUUUUGUUUGUUUGUUCUUCCUGAGUUUUAGCAGGGAUUGUUCUAGUUUCUAGCAAGGCUUCUCCUCAGACAGGCCCAUUCCCGCCCAGUGUCCAGGGGUGGGCCUUCCAGGGGCCUAGACCAACUCCUGGCUGUCCCCACAGUGGUGGGCAUGGCCUCUGAGGAGCUGUCCAGUUUGCCAGAAAGCUCGUUGCACUUAGGCCUCGUGAUUCUAGUCAGUGCCAGCCCUCGGCCUCUCUCCACCUGAGGUGUCAGCCUGGGGUUCCCGGUCUUCAUCUCAGAGGAGGUUCUGGUCGCCAUCUUGGGGCAGGCAGCUCUGUGGCUCCUGUGGAAAUAGGAGCAGCCAGUCCAGGAGACCCCUUCCUUAGGGAAUCCUUACCUGGUCAUCACCUUAGAAUGUAAAAGUGAUCUUCCAGGGAAGCAGCAGGGAAGAGCUCCAGAGGAAAGCCGGCAGGACUGGAGUGGCCACCCUGGCAGACACCUUUCCUCAGUCGCGUGUCCAGGGAGGCAGAGGCAGGACCACGGGAGGUGGGCUGAGGGCAGGGCCCUGCAGGAAGCAUGGCCCGAGGCUGCGCUGCCCUCCCCGCUCCCUGAAGGGGUCUUCACUGGAGACUGGGCUGUGGCAGUUAGUGGGACAGGCGUGUGUCACCCCUUCAGGUGAGGGGCCCAGGAGGUCUUUUGCCUCGCCCCCUCCCCCAGGGGCCUGACCAUCCACAGUGUCCCUUGGCCCUCCCACCCAGCCUCCCGGGAUGGGGGUGCUCGGGCUGAACGGAGGCUGGCCCUCUGGAGAGAGGUGCCGGGGUGCUGGCGAAAGGCCCCCACCCACCCUCAGGGAGCUGCGCUCCUCAGGGGCUCAGCCGGGCAGCACUUUUCUUUCUUUUGAAGUUUGUAGCAUUAAGUUGAUUUAAAAUAUGAAGUUGGCAUCGUCGGGUUGCUUCUGAGUGGCCGGCUGGCCUGUGAAGUUGGGGGAGCUUGAGGGAGGGGCCUGGUGUGAGCUGACGUCCAGCUGGGACAGCUGGGGUUGGCUGGGCCUCCUCCCCGGCGUGGCCAGCGCUCGCGACGCCCCUCUCUCAAUUCGGAUGCUUUGUAGAAAUGUCUGGUCUCCACUCCGCAAACCUCCCAGGGGUUUCCCCAGAAGCCCACCUGGAAGCCAGGCUGGGCGUGGCUUCGGCCCCUGGGUGGGGGUGGGAUCUGGUUUGGGGCGGGCAGGGCUGGAGGUGAUGUUGCUGUCCCGAGGUCUCUGCUGGGCUGCCCCUCAGCCACGCGCCAGCGCUGAGGACAGACGCUUGGCCUCCGUGCCUCGGGCCCUUCUGGAGUGUUCUUCCAGAAUCAAAUUGCAGAAAAGGGAGAAGAGGCCCGUGGGACCAUCUGGGAAGAGUUGAUGCUGAAGUGUAGCCAGACCGCAAGCUCCGUCCCCACAGGGCCGGACAGGGGGCCUUCCUGGGCGCCCGCGUCACACCCUGCCCGCAGGUUGAGGGGUCAGGCCUCUUUCUUGCCAGUAACAGUUGAAACCCCCGGAUCCUAGAGCGCUUUGAGAACGCCAUUUGGAGUGUUGAUUUCCUUCAGGGCCACGUGAACUUUAAAACCGGGGCAAGAGAAAAGCCAGUGUCUUUCUGAAGUAGAUGAUGUGUGCCAGGAAAUUUCUCAGCCCCACCAGCAGCCCCCAAGUCACUCAUGUCCCCAGGGAUAUCCAAGGCGCGGGACCCCAGGGAACUGAAUAGCAUUAACUAUUUAGUGGACUUGAAGGUUCAGAGAUUCCCUGACACCACCCGAGGCGUCCCGACGCCCCCUCCACAGCAAGGCGUCCGCCGAGGCUGCAGGAGGGCGGGAGAUGACCAGGGCAGUCCCGCUGUCCCUCCCCGCCUGCAGUGUCCUCAGCCCCCGUUCUGCAGUGGCCAGCGUGUAGUGAGUCAGGGUGCCCUGGCACCCUGUGUCGUGUGGCUUGGCGCAUUUGAAGUGAAAGCUUUGAAGUUGUUUGGAAAUGUCUUCCCUGUUCUUGUCGUUGUAUCCCGAGGUCCCCCCCGCCCCCUGCCGCCCCCGUUCUCCCACAAGGACCCUCAGUGACCAGGACGGCCACCAGCCCAGCUAACCUACCGGCUCCUGCGAGACGUGAAAAAGCCUUGCAGCUGUUGUUUGUCUUGAGGGUGAACCGGCUGGAGGGAACUUGGUCCCUGUGCCUGGGACUCCAUGCGGGUCACUUCCCUCUAGGCCGGGCUCCCUGGGUGGGCCCUGAUGAGCGCGGCGGAUCCUCCUUGUCUUGGGAUGUUCGGGCAUUAAAGCACAGCAGCCUGGGGA